AUGACUCAAGCCAUAUUAGGAAUGUUAUGUCUUUCUUCAUUAUUAAUUAAAAGAUUUUAUGAAUAUCCCAUACGACGAACUUGGCCAGUUUGGAUAUUUGAUGUAUCAAAACAAUUGAUUGGAGCAUUAGGAGUUCAUAUAUUUAAUGUGAUUUUAUCAAUGGUUAAAACUGCCCCUGAGAUUUGGUCAACCCAGAACAACAACAACAGUAGCGAUCCUGAUGAUGAUAACACGAAAGAUCCUUGUGAUUGGUAUUUUUUGAAUAUUGUUCUUGAUUGUACUAUUGGAGUAUAUAUCUUAUAUCAUGUAUUUAAAACCAUGAAUAAAAUAUGUCGAGAUUAUUGGCAUAUUACACAGAUUGAAAGUGGUGAAUAUGGACCAAAUCCCAAUAAACCAUCAACUAAAGCAUUCCUCAAGCAAUUAAUUGUUUAUUUCACUUCUUUGAUGAUUACAAAAAUUAUAUUAUAUGGAUUAGUUGAAUGUUUUGAAACGCAAUUAUUAUGGUUUACAUCUCAUGUAUUAUUAAUUUGGUUAAAUGAAUACCCUGAUGAAUUUGAAAUUUUUAUCGUGAUGUUUAUUGUCCCAAUAAUUAUGAAUUGUUUACAAUUAAUACUUAUUGAUAAUUUUAUUAGAAAUCAAAUGUGGAUUAACAUUAAUAAACGAAUGAGAAUAGAAUUUCCUAAUUUUAGUGAUGAAACAGAAAGUGUUCAACAACAAGAUAUUAUCCAAGCACAAAGAGAAGAGGAAGAGGAAGAAGAACAAAGGAAAUACCUUUUAAUGAAUGAUAGUACUGAAGGUGGUAACAACAAUCAUAGUAGCAGUAGUAGUAAUGAUACUUUACUAGGAGAAUCUCACAAUAAAAACAAUUAUGGUUCUUAUAAUGAUGUAUAG